UAAGCCUUUUGUAUGGACCUCUGAGGAGCCCAAUCUUUCUUGUGGCACAACUACCAACACCUACACCUCUUCAUCGACAACAAGGGGAAGAAAGUAUUUUUCCAUACUCCUUCCAGAUUUAUUACCCGAUUGCGUUUUUUUCGCCCCCGGUUUUUGUUCAGUUGCUUUUCUAGUCAAAAGGCCUUUAGGCAAAGAACAAAAAAAGACAAGAUGAUCGCUCUGUUUUCCUUGACAUUGGUGGUCUUUGCAAGCAGUCUGCAUGCCGAAGCACAAGAUAGUGAAGCAAGGAUCAAGGUCUACGCCAACAGAGGUGACAAUAUCACCCUGCCCUGCAGACUGGAUGGUCUGUCCAAUUUGUUUGGAAACAGAAUCAAGUGGACCAAAAUUGAAGAUGACUCUACAGAAACCGAUGUGCUUAUCUCCAUGGGGUUCCACAAGAGAACCUAUGGAACUUUCCAGGACCGCGCUUACCUGUUGGAGAUGGAUGACAAUGAUGCUACUUUAGUUAUUACAAACCUAGAUCUGAACGACUAUGGCACAUACAGAUGUGAGAUCAUCAACGGCAUGAACGACAAGAUUGUUGAAGUGGACCUUGAAUUGCAAGGGGAAAAUUCACUUUCUUUCACAGGGGUUGUUUUCCCAUACUCCCCUCGUCUGGGGCGGUACAACCUCAACUUCCAAGAUGCAGAGGCCGCGUGUCUGGAGCAGGACGCGGUGGUCGCCUCCUUCGAGCAGCUCUAUGGGGAAUGGAGAAGCGGGAUGGAUUGGUGCAAUGCCGGUUGGCUCAAUGACGGAACCGUGCAGUAUCCCAUCACCAAACCCAGAGAGCCCUGCGGAGGAGCAAGCACCACAGCCGGACUGAGAACCUACGGCCGACAGGACAAGUCCAACAAACGCUACGAUGUGUUCUGCUUCACAGCCAGCCUUAGAGGACGCUUUUACUACUUGAUUCAGCCUAAAAGGCUGAGCUUUGAUGAGGCUGUUGACGCGUGUAAGAGAGAUGGAGCUGAGAUCGCAAAGGUGGGUCAUAUAUACGCUGCCUGGAAGCUGCUGGGAUACGACCGCUGUGAUGCCGGUUGGUUGGCCGACGGUAGCGUUCGUUACCCUAUCUCCAGGCCCAGGAAGAACUGCAGUCCAACGGAGGCUGCAGUGCGCUUUGUUGGCUUCCCUGACAAAAAGCAGAAGCUGUACGGAGUCUACUGCUACAAACCUCAGCCGUGAAGCUCUAUGUGUCACGUCACCAACCAAAGAGCAUCUAUACACAGGUUUCUACAUCCAAACUUAUGAAGGACUUUUUGCAUGAACUAGCCAUAACUGUGACAAUUAUAGAAAGAAUACUGUAAAAAAAAACAGUUUCAUACCGCAACAUUCUGAAUAUUAAUGUAAACAGUUAUUUUACCUAUCAUUACAGUUUGUACACUAUAUGUAUUGACAAUGAAGCGACGGAGAAUAACACAAAUUGCAUUCAGGAAGGAUAUUUAGCUGGAAGGAACAUCAUUUCGAUCAAAACCCUUUUAAAGUUUGUCAAGAAUCUCCAUUGUGAUAAUUCAAUAAAAUAUUUAAAUAUUACUGAAUAGUAUAAACUUGACAGAAAGUUUUUGAAACUUGCCCAAACUGAAAUUAAAAAUGGACCUGACACUUUUCUUUUCCUAAAAAACUUUUGCCAUCUUACUAAUUUCUUUAAAACUAUGUAUUUUCUGGUAUUUCAUAUGGUGUUGGUGUCUAGUUUUGGUGUAUUAGCCAAUGCUCUGAACUGUGAUCUUAUAUUGUCUGUUUGAAAUAUCAAAUGAAUGUGUAGUUUUACGAUGCUUCGUAUUCAUAACUUCAUGAAUAUACUUUAUAUUCAUCCAUUGUUCCAUUGUAACAUUCAUUCCUCGUGGCUACCCUUUUUUUUAAAUGUGUAUUCUUUUUGUUGUUGUUGUUGUUUAAAUGUGUUUGUCCCUUGAUAUAUUUUCACAAGUAUUUCAUCAGAGAUAGAAUAUGACACUGCUGAUGAUGCAUUAAAAUUUGUUAUAUGGCAGAGAACUACAAACAGAAUUUACACUGAGAGAUUCUUUAAGGACCCAGUUGUAUAUUCAACAUUUCACGACUAGCUUGAGUCUAACUGCUUAAGUGUACAUGAAUCUCAAAUGAAUGAUAUUGUUGUAUUCCGCUGUUCUCCGCGAAAAGAGAACAGCAGUAAAAGCCAUAUACAAAAUCAUGCCCAAGAUUGAACACUAACAUUGGAAUGCUGUGACAGGCAUCGUGUGGACGACUUAAGAUAAUGAGAUCUGUUUACUGAUUAUUGUAACAUCAGUUACUUGCCACUUUGAAAUAUGUUGUUUAUGGGAGGGGAAUAUAUUCUCCACUUAUAACUUCGCUUUGAACUGCAGAAGCCACAGUGCACAUAAACGACAUUAUGCUUGAGUUUGUCUUUUUUAUGCACAAAAUAUCUUUUCUUUUUUGGAAAACUCUGACACGCAUUGUAAGGUUUAUGAAAGAAAAUUUAAGCGAAAAAUAAAACCCAUAAAAAUGGAA